UCCGCUUUAUCCGGAAGUUGUUUUCCGACUCUGUAAGAUGAACGCAAGAGGGGAUAUUUAGUUAAUAAUUUAGAGAAUAAUCUCCAAAAAUGGAGUGGAAGACAAAAGGCUCCCCUCUUCCUCCAGCCUCCUUGCAUCUCCUCGUCCCUCCGGUGAGGCUCAUGUCUGCCUUCGUGUGGCAAGUGGUGCAGCAGCACAGUGUGAUGCAGUAUGACAAGCUGCUGGACUUCAUCAGUUUGGUCACAGAGAUGGUCCCGGAGCUUCUGAGUCCCAGACAGAAAGCUCAGCUCCUCCUGGGCCUCCGAGCGAGACUGGUUCUGGAGCUGUGUCGUGGUGAUGGCGUCUCCAACCUGCAGGCCAUCCAGAGCCACCUGGAUAAAAUCCACUCCUGCAGCUCUGAGCUGAGCUCCAGUGAUCAGGCCAGCGCUGAUAUACUGAAGACCUCUUACAGAAACUUUGCCCAGCUGGUUCAGAACAUUUUGAAUAUUCCUGUUGAAAAGGAGUCCUUUUUUCAAGAGGUUUUUCCCGUACACUACGGCUGUGCCUACAACCAAAGCAUCCAGCAGCUUGUCUCUGUGUUCCUGUCCAGACUGGACCAGCUGCUGCCCGUACCGGACCUGCAGCAGACAACAGAUUGGCUCGUUGAAACGUCUGCGUCAGAAGACUUUGGACGACAUCUGUCUGAAUCGUUUCCCUUGAAGACUCUUCUGCUUCAUCACAAACAGCUGGGAACUCUCAGCUCAGCUUGGCCAAGCAGUGAGGAGGAUGUAGUCUUAUCCACGCUGGCUCUCCCUCUCCCUUCUCAGACUGGAGCGGAGAGAAUCCAUGCGCCGUGUAGCGAGGACGGCGAUUAUGACGGCGAGGAAGGCGCACUGGCCUUGGGGGAUUUAGAAGAAGAUCAGAGUCAAAACUCAGAUGUCUGUGAAAACGACGAGCUGUCAAAAAAGCAACCGGGUCCGCGAUUAUUCAUCUGCCCUCAGCGUCCAUUCACACAACGCACAAAGAAGAAAGUGCAUGAGCACAUCCAGACCGAGCAUCGCACGACGGCGCCCGUAAAGAAAAAGAAAGCAAGAAGAAAGGCUCAUCAGAAAAGUGGAGCCUUGAUCGUUGAAAAGAAGAAAGAGGAAUGCAACCAAGAGAAAAAGAGGAUACGCAGUCAAAAGGACAGCGUUGGCAAGAAACGCGAAUCCAAGCAGAAGAAGGAGAACUCGGAAAACAAAGAACAACACAGAGCACAGACGGAGCCCACGGGAGAAGAUAAGCGGUUUCUGAGCGCGCGAGCUGUGAGCAAAAAUUUCACAGAAGAAGAAACCAAAUGCCUGACGUGUGAAAAGGUCUUUGAGCACCCGAACCAGCUGAAGACGCACGCGAGGCUCCACGGCUUCAGGUACCACUGCAGCCAGUGCGAGAAGGGCUUCACCAGCGCGUCGGGGUAUUAUCAGCACCAGAGGCUGCACAGGAGAGGACGGAUAUUCACCUGCAUGCAGUGCGACAAGGGAUUCCUCUGCAGGUACUCGCUCAAGCAGCACGAGCGGCUGCACGCCGGCCCCAGCGACUUUUGCGGCGUCUGCGGGAAAAACUUCAGCAAGUCGGGCUUCGUGAGGCACAUGCAGAUGCACAGGGGGGAGAAGAACUACCUGUGCACCGUCUGCGGGAAGUCGUUCCUGUCCUCGGGAGAGCUGCUGCUGCACAAUCGCUCGCACACCGGCGAGACGCCGUACACCUGCACCCGCUGCGGGAAGGGCUUCUCCUGCAAGAGCCACCUCAACGUCCACACCCGCUCCCACACGGGGGAGCGGCCCUACCUGUGCUCGCAGUGCCCCAAGCGCUUCCUGACGCUCAACUGCCUGAAGAGGCACACGCUCAGUCACAACGGGGUGAAACCGUUUAAGUGUCCGAACUGCGAGAGAGAAUUCUCCCAGCAGGGGAACCUGAAAAGACACAUGGCAGUUCACAAACCCAACACGUAACGUUUAGCUUUUUAUUGUGGACAGAAGAUGAGCUGAGUUGGUUGAGUGUAGUCAUGAGCAGUACUUUUACUUUUUUUUUACUUUAUAUUGGCUGUUUACAAUCACUAGUAUUAAUUGAAUUCAUUUGCAGUUUCUUCAUAUUUUGCACUUAAAAACAAUGACUUAAUGUAUCAGCAGUGUUUCAUGAGGAUUACAUUUGAAUAUUGAAAGCUUCCAGUUUCUCAGUUAUUCCAUCCCUGCUUCCGGUACUUCUGCACGUGAAGAAUCUUCGUCCUGUGAUCCAGUCGCGUGCAGGUGUUGACGAUCUUUAAAGCUGGAAAGAAAAAGCUUAAGGAACAAUAAGAGGUGAUUUUGCGUGUUGUUUGAAAGCAGCUGAAGAGAAAUCUGUUUAUAGAUCUUUUUCACAUCAGUCACAAGUUAUUGAUUACACCUGAUUUAACACCGCGCCAUCCACCUUAAUGACAUUUCCUAUGUCGCAAAAUAUUUAUUUAAUGCACAACAUCCAGAACUAGAAGACUCUGCUGUUUGUUCUUAAACCACAGAGCAGCAACACAAUUACAUCUAAUGAGGGUUACACAUCUUUAAACAUAAAAUGCUGAGUACCAAAGGAGUAAAUUAGUGCAUCAGGACUUAAAUGUAUAAAAAUAAAAGUAUAUUUAGGCUGAUUGAAAUGAUGCAGUGUUGCCAUCAAGCCUGAGGAGGAUCUAUGGAGGAUCCAUAAGUUCAAACUAAAAGUCUGAACUUUAAGACUAAAUAAGAAGCAGUUAAAGUCCACAGAGUCUUUACUUUGUGUUCGUGGCAGAUUUAAAACUAAAUCCAUUGAAACGUGAGCUUUUAUUUUGUAAGACUUCCCGUGAAGGUGAACUCUGGUGCAUGUUGUAGUAACUUGAAAAACCCCAGCUGUAGGAAAUGCAAUUUAUUUGCAAUUUUUUAAUAACAUCAUUCCUCAGAUAAAAAUGCAAUGUUACAGGAAUAUACAUCAGAUAUUAAUUUAAAACUUGCUUUCAAGGGACCAUACAGUCUAAAUAUACUUUUUCCUUUUUUUAUUUACUGGUAGCGUGCGUUAUAAGCAAGACAGACUCUGUCACCAAUGACAGACUGACAAGUUACAGAUACAAACUGUACAUUACUUAUUUACAAAUCAACUUUUUGUUGGGUUUUUCAUUUCACUUUUUAUUGAAAAUAGGAGUAGAAAAAGUGAUUGAAUUAAUAUUCUGAUUUAUUUCAUUUGUAUUCUUUCCCUUCCUAAAAUCUAAAAUGAAAUGAGUGAACAAAAAAAGAAAAAAUGAAAACAAAAUCAAAGAACUCUUCUUUCGAAAAAAAGAGAAGCAGAAGAAGAAGAAGAAGAAGAAGAAGAAAAGGGGUGAGUCAACUGUGAGACCGUGCAGUCGUCACCGAGGAGACAAAUGAUGUUGGGCCAGUGUCACUUAGCAACCUCAGAACCAAUGAAAUCCCUCGCAUGUUCGCGAGGGGGGAGUGGCUUAUGUUAAAGAACUCAGUUACAAAACGGCCACCUGCCUCCACAGCUACCGCAAGCACAAGAACAUACUCUAGUUCAUUUUUUUUUUCUGACCAUAAAUAGUGCUGUUAUUAAAUACUACAUUUAACAGUAGCGUCACUACUAAUAUUAACAACAAAUUGGUCUCGGUGAACAACACCUCUCUCCAGAAAUGAAUCGAUAAUCGACUUCGCUCUGACGGAAAAGAACAAAAAAAUAAAAAGAAAAGAAAA